AGGUUGCUUCUUACUCUCCAGAUCACGAAUCUGCAACAGAGUGUCUGUGACUCGGGUGCAUAGCAAACGAGGCAGAGAUCCACAACAUCAUCUGCUCCGAGAGUGAAAGCAUCACCCACACGUCUCCCUAAGGUAGCCCCUGAGGAAAAUGGCAUUCGCUGGGAUGUUGAGUGAUGAGGACAUCAAUGCUGCAGUCCAAGCUUGUCAAGCUCCGGGCACAUUUGACUUCAAGUUGUUCUUCACACAAGUUGGACUGACUGGCUUGUCUGAGACAGACAGGAAAAAAGUGUUUACAGUCCUGGAUCAAGACAAGAGCGGAUUCAUUGAGGAGGAGGAGCUGAAAUUGUUCCUUCAGAACUUCUGCCCAGCUGCCAGGGAGCUGACAGUGGCCGAAACAAAGACGCUGAUGGCAGCAGGGGAUAAAGACAGUGAUGGCAAAAUUGGAAUAGACGAGUUCUGUGAUCUUUUAAACUGAAGAAAUAAAUUCACAAGACCAGAUCCCUGUGCUCCUUCUCUGAUUCCCAGUGGGAUUAUUUUCCCUCCACAAUGAAUAAUGGAAA